UUCUAUCUGAGGACAAAUGGGGAGGAUAGGCACAAAGUUGCCAAGUUUCUGCCUCAACAGGAUUAGGCCUCAUGUUCGAGUUCGUUCUCCACCGAUACAGUCGAAACUAGAUGCUGCAGAGAUCACUAAAAAUGGUGGGAAAGUUGAGAAUUGUGGCAAUGCUGGAGAAGAGAAAGUUACAGAUGGAGAUGGGGCUAAAAAAUCCGGGGUGGUUUUUGCGAGGAAGAUCAUGAUUGUGGUUGAUUCGAGCAUUGAAGCCAAGGGAGCUCUGCAAUGGGCUCUUUCUCACACUGUUCAGAACCAGGACAAGCUUGUACUGCUACAUGUAACCAAACCUUCAACUUCAAAACAAGGUGAGGAUAUUAUAGCUCCAAGGGCUUAUGAACUUGUUCAUUCUCUGAGGAAUAUGUGCCAGCUGAAGAGACCUGAGGUACAAACUGAGGUUGCAGUGGUGGAAUUAGGGAAAAAGGAGAAAGGGCCAACAAUAGUGGAAGAGGCCAAAAAGCAAGGGGUGUCACUGCUGGUUCUGGGACAGAAGAAGAGGUCUACGACGUGGCGGCUGCUGAUGAUGUGGGCGGGGAGCAACCGUGUCGGUGGCGGGGGCGGGGUGGUGGAGUACUGUAUACAGAAUGCCAGUUGCAUGGCGAUUGCAGUGAGGAGGAAAAGCAAGAAGGUUGGAGGGUACUUGAUCACUACAAAGCGCCAGAAAGAUUUCUGGCUCUUGGCCUAGUAAAACCAGCACUAAUCAGGCAGACAUAGACUUAUGAGCAAGAUUUAUAUGAUAGUGUAAUUGGUUUUGUAUAAAGGCAUAUUGAAUAGUGAAUAAUAAUGUGUGAAUGGAUAAG